AUGGCGCUGGUGGUACAGAGCCCUGAGUUAGAGGUGGUGGCGUGGGGAGGACCCGGGUGUCCAGCCGGCCCCAGACGAGACAAUGAGGCCCGGGCCCCGCCCCCCGAGACUGAUGCGGCCCGCGCCGCGGCCAAUCACAGCCCGCGGCUGGGCUCUUUAAAAAAAGAAGAGCCGGCCGCGGAUUGGCAGCCACCCUUUGCAUGUGAUGUGGAUAAACUUCAUUUUACCCCGCGUAUCCAGAGGCUGAAUGAAUUGGAGGCACAAACUCGGGUAAAAUUGAAUUUCUUGGACCAGAUUGCAAAGUACUGGGAAUUACAAGGAAGUACUCUGAAAAUCCCACACGUGGAGAGGAAGAUCUUGGACUUGUUUCAACUCAAUAAGCUAGUUGCUGAAGAAGGUGGAUUUUCAGUGGUUUGCAAGGAUAGAAAAUGGACCAAAAUUGCCACCAAGAUGGGCUUUGCUCCUGGCAAGGCAGUGGGCUCGCACAUCCGAGGGCAUUAUGAGCGAAUUCUGAAUCCCUACAACUUGUUCCUGUCUGGAGACAGCUUGAGGUGUCUGCAGAAGCCAAACCUGACCACAGACACAAAGGACAAGGAAUACAAACCCCACGAUAUUCCCCAGAGGCAGUCUGUGCAGCCCUUGGAAACCUGCCCUCCAGCCAGAAGAGCAAAGCGCGUGAGAGCGGAGGCCAUGAAUAUUAAAAUUGAGCCUGAAGAAACACCAGAAGCCAGAACUCAUAAUCUGAGACGUCGCAUGGGAUGCCCAACUCCAAAGGGUGAAAAUGAGAAAGAAAUGAAGAUCAGUAUCAAGCAAGAGCCCAUCGAGAAGAAAGAGUACAUUGUAGAAAGUGAGAAGGAAAAGCCCAAGAGUCGAUCUAAGAAAACUACCAAUGCUGUGGAUCUGUACGUCUGCCUUCUGUGUGGCAGCGGCAAUGAUGAGGACCGGCUUCUUUUGUGCGAUGGCUGUGAUGACAGUUACCAUACCUUUUGCUUGAUUCCGCCUCUCCAUGAUGUCCCCAAGGGGGACUGGAGAUGUCCCAAGUGCUUGGCUCAGGAGUGUAAUAAACCACAGGAAGCCUUUGGCUUUGAACAAGCAGCCAGAGACUACACCCUCCGGACUUUUGGAGAAAUGGCUGAUGCAUUUAAAUCUGAUUAUUUCAACAUGCCAGUCCAUAUGGUUCCCACGGAGCUGGUGGAGAAAGAAUUUUGGCGACUGGUAAGCACUAUUGAAGAGGAUGUCACGGUGGAAUAUGGAGCUGAUAUCGCGUCAAAGGAAUUUGGUAGUGGCUUUCCUGUCCGAGAUGGGAAAAUCAAACUUUCACCCGAGGAAGAGGAAUACCUUGACAGUGGCUGGAACUUGAACAAUAUGCCCGUGAUGGAGCAGUCUGUCCUCGCUCACAUCACUGCUGACAUAUGUGGCAUGAAGCUUCCUUGGCUGUAUGUGGGCAUGUGCUUUUCUUCCUUUUGUUGGCACAUCGAGGAUCACUGGAGCUAUUCCAUCAACUAUCUGCACUGGGGUGAGCCUAAAACCUGGUAUGGAGUCCCAGGGUAUGCUGCUGAACAGCUGGAAGACGUAAUGAAGAAGCUGGCCCCGGAGCUCUUCGUGUCCCAGCCGGAUCUCCUCCACCAGCUUGUGACCAUCAUGAACCCCAACACCCUGAUGACUCAUGCAGUGCCUGUUUAUCGAACUAAUCAGUGUGCUGGGGAGUUUGUGAUUACUUUUCCAAGAGCCUAUCACAGCGGUUUUAACCAGGGCUUUAAUUUUGCUGAGGCGGUUAACUUCUGCACCGUUGAUUGGCUGCCACUAGGCCGCCAGUGCGUGGAGCAUUACCGUCUGCUGCACCGCUACUGCGUGUUCUCCCAUGAUGAGAUGAUCUGCAAAAUGGCGUCCAAGGCUGAUGUGCUUGACGUUGUCGUGGCUUCCACUGUCCAGAAAGACAUGGCCAUUAUGAUCGAGGAUGAAAGGGCAUUAAGGGAGACUGUCCGCAAAUUGGGCGUAAUUGAUUCAGAGAGAAUGGAUUUUGAGCUAUUGCCAGAUGAUGAGCGUCAGUGUAUAAAAUGCAAAACGACAUGCUUCAUGUCCGCCAUCUCCUGUUCCUGUAAACCCAGCUCUCUUGUUUGCCUGCAUCAUGUAAAGGAAUUGUGUCCCUGUUCUCCUUAUAAAUACAAGCUGCGGUAUAGAUACACUCUGGACGAUCUCUACCCCAUGAUGAAUGCACUGAAGCUUCGAGCAGAAUCUUAUAAUGAGUGGGCCUUGAAUGUGAAUGAAGCUCUGGAGGCAAAGAUGAACAAGAAGAAAAGUCUGGUAAGCUUUAAGGCUUUAAUCGAAGAAUCUGAAAUGAAGAAAUUCCCAGACAAUGAUCUGUUGCGUCACCUGCGCUUAGUCACACAGGACGCAGAGAAGUGUGCUUCUGUGGCUCAGCAGCUGCUUAAUGGCAAGAGACAAACCAGAUACCGGUCAGGUGGAGGGAAAUCCCCAAAUCAGCUGACUGUGAAUGAGCUCCGACAGUUUGUGACACAGUUGCAUGCUCUUCCGUGUGUCCUCAGCCAGACGCCAUUGCUGAAGGAUCUCUUGCACCGUGUAGAAGAUUUCCAACAGCACAGCCAGAAACUGCUUUCUGAGGAAAUGCCCAGUGCUGCCGAGUUGCAGGACUUGCUAGACGUCAGUUUUGAGUUUGACGUUGAACUCCCCCAGCUCGCUGAGAUGCGUAUCCGCCUGGAGCAGGCCCGUUGGCUGGAAGAGGUGCAGCAAGCUUGCUUAGACCCCAACUCCCUCACUUUAGAUGAUAUGAGACGUCUCAUAGACCUUGGGGUGGGGCUGGCUCCCUAUGCAGUGGUGGAGAAAGCUAUGGCCCGGCUGCAAGAACUGCUCACAGUGUCGGAACACUGGGAUGACAAAGCCAAGAGUCUUCUCAAGGCCCGACCACGGCACUCAAUGAACAGCCUUGCUGCAGCUGUCAAGGAGAUUGAGGAGAUCCCUGCCUAUCUGCCCAAUGGGGUGGCUCUAAAGGACUCCGUCCAGAGAGCCCAAGACUGGCUUCAGGACGUAGAAGCCCUCCAGGCUGGAGGACGUGUGCCAGUGUUAGACACACUCGUAGAACUGGUCACCCGAGGUCGAUCCAUCCCGGUACAUCUGAAUUCUUUGCCGAGACUGGAGUCACUAGUCACCGAGGUUCAGGCUUGGAAAGAAUGUGCUGCUAAUACAUUCUUGACCGAGAAUUCACCUUACUCUCUCUUAGAGGUCCUGUGCCCUCGAUGUGAUAUUGGCCCUUCGGGGUUGAAGAGGAAGCAGAGAAAGUUAAAGGAGCCCCUGCCAAGUGGGAAGAAGAGAAGCCCCAAAUUAGAGAGUCUGAGUGACCUGGAAAGAGCUUUGACCGAGAGCAAAGAGACCGCUUCCGCUAUGGCAACGCUUGGCGAGGCUCGUCUACGGGAAAUGGAAGCCCUGCAGUCUCUCAGACAAGCCAAUGAAGGGAAAUUGCUAUCGCCUGCCCAAGAUGUGGAGAUGAAAGUCUGCCUGUGUCAGAAGGCCCCAGCUGCCCCCAUGAUCCAAUGUGAACUCUGCAGGGAUGCUUUCCACACCACCUGUGUGGCUGUACCCACUAUUUCCCAAGGCUCCCAAGUCUGGCUUUGUCCCCACUGUCGGAGGUCAGAGAAACCUCCACUGGAGAAAAUCCUGCCUCUGCUGGCCUCCCUGCAGCGCAUCCGAGUUCGCCUCCCUGAGGGAGAUGCACUUCGAUAUAUGAUCGAAAGAACCGUGAACUGGCAGCACAGAGCCCAGCAACUGCUUUCGUCAGGGAAUCUAAAGUUUGUACGGGAUCGAGUGGGGUCAGGACUGUUAUAUAGCAGAUGGCAAGCCUCAGCAGGACAGGUGUCAGAGACAAACAAGGUCUCUCCACCACCUGGUACGACAUCCUUUUCCUUGCCUGAUGACUGGGAUAGCAGAACCUCGUAUUUGCACUCCCCCUUCUCGACCGGGCGCAGUUGUAUCCCCCUCCAUGGCAUUAGUCCAGAAGUGAAUGAACUAUUGAUGGAGGCCCAGUCGCUGCAGGUGUCCCUUCCUGAAAUUCAGGAGCUUUACCAGACUUUACUUGCAAAGCCAAGCCCUGCUUCACAAGCUAACCACAGCUCACCAGUCAGACCCAGCAGUGAGAAGAAUGAUUGCUGCCGAGGGAAGCGCGAUGGGAUGAGCCAUCUGGAGAGGAGACUGAAGAGACGCCUGGAAAGAGAGGACCUACCCAGCGACCGGUGGGAUCGAAUUAAAAAAAUGCGGACCCCCAAAAAGAAGAAAAUCAAACUGAGCCACCCCAAGGACACGAACAGUUUCAAGUUAGAGAGGGAGCAUAGCUAUGAAUUAGCCCGUUCUGCUGAAACGCAUUCCCUGCCCUCAGACACAUCCUACUCGGAGCAGGAGGACUCUGGGGACGAAGAUGCCAUCUGCCCAGCUGUGAGCUGCCUGCAGCCAGAAGGAGAUGAGGUGGACUGGGUCCAGUGUGAUGGCAGCUGCAAUCAGUGGUUUCACCAGGUCUGUGUUGGUGUUUCUCCAGAGAUGGCAGAGAAGGAAGACUACAUCUGUGUGCGCUGUACUGUGAAGGACGCACCAAGCCGAAAGUAAAAACCACAAACACAAACCCCCCUCCCUCUCAAAGUCAUUCAGGACUCCAACCAAGACGAUUCCUUCAAUUGCUCAGCAAAGCGGCAGGGCUGGCCUUCACGCCAGCCUGCAAACGGUGCUAUUUCUAUUCCUCACGGGAUCAUUUUCCCAGAACUCUUUGAAAAAAAGAAAAAGGAAAAAAAAAAACAACUAAAAAUUUUUUUGACACUUUUUGUAUUUUUUUCCUUAAGAGCUGUUUGUGGUUGUUGAAAAUUGAACUGCUGACUUUUUUUGCAGGGGUUCCCACCAGUUUGGCAGGCAUUGAAGCUUUGCACCUUUCAUUUGUGGCAUUAAAAACCCUCACCUCGGUCUGGGGUUACAGUCCACUUCGGUGUCUGUGCCCCAGAGGCCCCAGAAGGUCCAGGAAAUCCUCCCUUGAGGAGUCGUCGCCACUCUCGUUUACUCUGUCACCACAUCGCGGAACUUGAGUUUUUCACUUUGGGGUUUCUGUUGGUUUCUUUCUUUAUCCCUCCCUCCCCACCGGGUAGACUAGGUUUAUUUAUCUGAGCAAUAAUUCUAUGUCUGGUUUCAGUGGCUGGGAUUAAAAGGAAACGAAACAAACUUCCACACAGUGUGCUGGUGCUUUAGCAUUUGGUUGAUGUACAGACCGCAACUGUCUAGUUUCUAGUGUCACUGACGAGCUAGUGAUGUCGAAAAGAGACUGCUCUGUAAGUAAAAUCGCUACAGCUGUAUUUUGGCUUUCUCCCUUCGGGGUGCUCCCCCCACCCCCAUCCUUGCCACCCUCCCCUAUUUUUUUGGUAGCUUGUAUCAAAUGUUGCAGUUUAUAUCGUGGAAUAAAUCCUUGGUCCUAACAUCA